AGACAGAAUUCGGGCACCAGGAGAAGGAAGCCAGCAGGAUCCGACACAGUGUUUCCUGACAAAGGCAAGACCCCCUCACCAAGGUCUACUUAAAGCGAAGUCAGUAGAGGAGGCAGCUAGGUGCGGCUCUCACUCGGACUCACAGAAUGGAUUAUAAGUCGAGCCUGAUCCCGGAUGGGAACCCCAUGGAGAACUUGGAGAAGCAGCUGAUCUGCCCUAUCUGCCUCGAGAUGUUUACCAAGCCAGUGGUCAUCUUGCCGUGCCAGCAUAACCUGUGCCGGAAGUGUGCCAACGACAUCUUCCAGGCAUCAAAUCCCUACUGGACCAGCCGGGGCAGCUCAGUGUCCAUGUCUGGAGGCCGUUUCCGCUGCCCCACCUGCCGCCACGAGGUGAUCAUGGAUCGUCACGGAGUGUACGGCCUGCAGAGGAACCUGCUGGUGGAGAACAUCAUCGACAUCUACAAACAGGAGUGCUCCAGUCGGCCGCUGCAGAAGGGCAGUCACCCCAUGUGCAAGGAGCACGAAGAUGAGAAAAUCAACAUCUACUGUCUCACGUGUGAGGUGCCCACCUGCUCCAUGUGCAAGGUGUUUGGGGUCCAUAAGGCCUGCGAGGUGGCCCCACUGCAGAGUGUCUUCCAGGGACAAAAGACUGAGCUGAAUAACUGUAUCUCCAUGUUGGUGGCGGGGAAUGACCGCGUGCAGACCAUCAUCACUCAGCUGGAGGAGUCCUGUCGAGUGACCAAGGAGAACAGUCACCAGGUAAAGGAAGAGCUGAGCCAGAAGUUUGACACACUGUAUGCCAUCCUGGAUGAGAAGAAAAGUGAGUUGCUGCAGCGGAUCACUCAGGAGCAGGAAGAAAAGCUCAGCUUCAUUGAGGCCCUCAUCCAGCAGUACCAGGAGCAGCUCGACAAGUCCACGAAGCUGGUGGAGACUGCCAUCCAGUCCCUGGAUGAGCCUGGGGGAGCCACCUUCCUCUUGACUGCCAAGCAACUCAUCAAAAGCAUUGUGGAAGCUUCCAAGGGCUGCCAGCUGGGGAAGACAGAGCAGGGCUUUGAGAACAUGGACUGCUUUACUUUGGAUUUAGAGUACAUAGCGGACGCCCUGAGAGCCAUCGACUUUGGGACAGAUGAGGAAGAGGAGGAGUUUAUUGAAGAAGAUCAGGAAGAGGAAGAGUCCACAGAAGGGAAGGAAGAAGGACGCCAGUAAGGAGCUGGAUGAGUGAGACGCCCCCCGAGAUGCAGAGAGACUGGGGAGGGUGGGGAGGGGCCCAGUGGCCUUGGUGACAGGCCCAGGGUCUGGGCCCCUGGAGGGGCAAUGGGGAGGUAAUGUCUUCUCUCUGCUCAGAGAGGAGGGACUAGGGUAAGACCCUCACUGCUGCGUCCAGCAGCCCCUGAACCCGAAUUAGAAAUGUGCUUGAAACAAUCACACGGGACACUUUUCUACACUGGUGCAAAAUGGAAUAUUUUGUACAUUUUUAAAAUGUGAUUUUUGUAUAUACUUGUAUAUGUAUGUCAACUUGGUGCUUUUUGUAAAGGAACUUUUGUAUAAUGCCUGGUCGUUGGGUGACCUGCAAUUGUCAGAAAGAGGGGAAGGAAGCCAGGUGGAUAUAGCUGCCCACUUCCUUUCCUGGGUGGGAGGACUGGGUAGCACCACAGGGACGACGUGCUAUAUUGCAGCGCCCAUCCCAGACAUAUGGGGUGGUAACUGAGUUUGUGUUCUAUGUUGUUUUAAUAAAUGGACAAUGCUCUCUUCCUGUUAUUCAAA